UUAAACCUCGAAGUCUAAACUAAAAUUUACACAUGCUUUUAAGGAGAAAUUAUGUUUUUUUUUUCUUUGCUGCAUUGUCUUUGCUAACAAAGCCACAGUCACACACUAUUUCAUAUUGAAUAUUGAAGAAGGUACAUCAUUCCCAUAUUGGGAAUUUACAGCAAAAUAAGGAAUGGUAUUGUAAAAACAAACAUGAGUUUAACUGUAAACCAGAUAUGGCAAAAGCAUAUGCCAUAGUAUUGCUUCCCUCAAAAUAUGGACUAAGGUGCACUGCUGGAGCUUCAUUCUAGUGUCUGAAAUUACAGCAACAAGUUCGGUAAAAUGACUAUCAUUUGAAACAUUCAUCUAUCAGCUUCACAGCAUGAGGACAAUUUUUACUAUCAGAUUCACAGCUCCCAUCUCUAAGGCCAUAUAUAAACCAUAUAAAAUAGCCCAUAACUCCACAUCCACAAUAGAACCAUGCCCCAACCUACUAGCAAAGGCACGAAAAACUCUCCUUCAGCGUAGGGAAGUAAGCACCAUCACAGUUAAUCUUCAAGAAGCCCUUCUUUGGCGCCUUCCAAAUUCCAGACUCAUCCCUUCUAACACUAAUCAAUUCAGGAUAAAGGACAUUGUUCAAAAUUUUACUUCUGCCAAUAUCCUUGAUCAGUGCCUGAGCUUUGUUCACCACCCCAUCUGUAUUUGUCCAGGAAUAGCGAAAGACAAAGGACCUGUUUGGGUGUAAGCUUCUCUAGAAGUACUUCUAGAAAAAGAAAAUAAGAAGAAAAAAAUGAAAUGAGAUUCUCCAUUAGCUAAAAUAAGUUUUCCAUUAGCUAAUUUGUAGAUGUCAUCUCAUCUUUUAGAGAAGUUAUAUUGGUGAGCUUCUAAAAAUUAAUUCAUGGAGAGCUUAUUUUAGCUUAUGGAAAAACUCAUCUCAUCUUUUUUCUUUUUAUUUUCUUCUUUUAGAAGUGCUUCUAAAGAAGUUUACCCAAACAGGCCCAAAGUCAUUUCGUCUCCACCAAAGUAUAUCCAGGAUAACACCGAACAUAGUAGCAUUGAUAUUCUUGCAAUCACGAAUAUUAGUGAUCAUCCACCUAUUGAUAUCCUGUUGAAAAAAGGAGUCAUUGAGAUUUUUAUCAAUUGCAGCCCCUAAGAGCAUGAAUCGUGUCUUCAAUCAUAGUAUUGCAUAAGGGGCAAUUUGCAUUGGUAGUCACAUGCCUUAUGAAACGCAGCUCAUUUAUAGGAAGCACUCCCUGACUGAUCUUUCCAUAAAUGAAAUUUUAUUUUCUCAGGACCAUCCCAUCUUCAUAUACCCUUGUUCAUAGGACUCUCAACAAGAUCACCAGCUUGGGACAAGGUAAGAUAGGCAUUUUUAGUAGAAAAUUUUCCAUCCUUCACUUUGUCCCACUCUACGUAGUCAUUGCAGUUUGAGCCACAUGGAGGUUUCAUUCCUUGAAUUUUUCCACCACCUUCAUGGGAAGCUCAGAAUUCAGACGCUGUGAAUCCCAUACCCCACUCGCAUCAACAAGAAAACACACUGGAACAUUCGCACCACUUCUUGAUUGGUUAGUGCAGAAUUGAUUAAGGUUCCCAGAACCUGGCACCCAAUAGUCUUCCCAAAAGUGGAUAGAUCUCCCAUUUCCUAGCUUCCAAAUCAAAUAAAGUUGAAAGUUACUCCAGCACUUGACAAUACCUCUCCAGAGAUUUGUGCCUUGUCUUCUUCGAUCAAUUACAGGCAUCACAUCAUUGCCACAUCCGUACUAUGCACGAACAACAUUAACCCAGCAUUGAGCUUUGUAAACAAAUUCCAUCCUACCUUCAUUGUAAGAGCUUGGUUCAUAGGAGGAAUUAUGUUAUACAUAUGAAAUUGAUAUUUCUGUCUUUAUAAAAUUUAGGUUAUAUAUUGUUUUAAAGUUCUCAAUUUGUGUUUGAAAUAGAUUCAUAAAUUCAUUUUGGUUCUUUUCAUCAACAAAGUUAAAUUUGCUAAUAGAAGUGUUUAAGGGUGUGUUUGAAAUUUUAAUAUUUAUGUUUGAUGUAGAAGAAUUUAUGUUGGGUGCCUCAAGAAAAAUCCAAAAAAUGACAUAUAUUACUCUUUUGAACCAAAAAAACAAAAAUUAUGUUAUGCGUUGUGCAUUAUUCCAAAUGUCCAAUUUGAUGUGAGCCACAAAGCACGACCACUUCCGUGGCCUCCUUGUAUAGCAUCAAUUUUAUCACCCAUACGCCUCAUGUUAUGGCACUCCUCUAACACAGCCAAAUAUUCUUCCUUUUUUUCCUUUUUUCUUUCUGCAACUGCAACUUGAAUAGCCUAUUUUAACCAGCAUGGCCAGGCUCACGCUGAGACCAGACAAUUCCUGCUUCUUUUCACACACUCAAAGAGCUAAUUCCCACACCCCUUUUACCAGAACAACCUCGUUUCAACGUUUUCACUUUCAUCUCUCAUCAUCCAACCACACCCUCAGGCUCAGCAGAAUAGUUUCUAGUGCUCAACAAAAUGCUAAAGAAACCCAGAGAGUGUCCAUGGCCAAGGCAAAGGCCAAGGUUCUCACGGACCUUCAAGUGGAAGAGGUGGAGAAGCAGCAUGAGACCUUGUCUUGGAACUGGCCACCUUGGAAGAAUCUUCCCCAAAGAUACAAGCUCAUCGGCACCACAUCAUUGGCCUUCAUUAUUUGUAACAUGGAUAAGGUGAACUUGAGUAUUGCCAUAAUUCCAAUGUCUCAUCAAUUUGGGUGGAACUCAUCAACAGCAGGAUUGGUUCAGUCCUCCUUCUUCUGGGGCUAUGCAUUGAGUCAAUUACCUGGGGGUUGGCUAGCCAAAAUAUUUGGUGGCGGAGCUGUUCUUGAGGUUGGAGUAUUGAUAUGGUCAGUGGCUACAGCUCUUGUUCCUUUUCUUGCUGGAUAUAUGCCUGGCUUAUUGUUGUCAAGGGUUUUGGUUGGGAUAGGCGAAGGUGUUUCACCAUCUGCUGCUACUGAUCUCAUUGCCAGGUCAAUACCAUUAGAAGAGCGCUCACGUGCAGUAGCAUUGGUUUUUGGUGGUUUGAGUGUUGGAAGUGUUAUGGGGCUUCUUUUGGCUCCUCCCCUUAUCCAAAAUCUUGGUUGGGAAUCAGUAUUCUAUAUAUUUGGUCUCUUGGGAAUUGCUUGGUUUUUGGGGUUUCAAGUUCUUGAAGGAGGUGAAACACAAUUAAAUGCAGAAUCUCUUUCAUCCCAAGAUAUCAUGACACAAUCAUGGAAGACUUCUCUAAGAGAAUUGAAUGGCUCUUUGAAGGAUGUACCAUGGAAGGCUUUUUUCCAAAAUCGUGCUGUGUGGGCUAUGAUAUAUGCUCAUUUCUGUGGCAGUUGGGGUCACUAUAACUGUCUAUCAUGGCUUCCCACAUUUUUUAGUGAGGAGCUGAAUCUAAAUCUGACUGAAGCUGCAUGGGUCUCUAUUCUUCCGCCACUGGCUUCAAUAUUUGUGACUAGUCUUGCAGCGCAAUUAGCUGACAACUUGAUUUCAAGAGGAGUUGAAACCACUGUGGUUCGAAAGAUCUGCCAAUCAAUUGCAUUUUUGUCCCCUGCAAUCUGCAUGACUCUUUCCUCGCUGGAUCUAGGGCUACCGCCUUGGGAGAUUGUGGGGAUUCUCACAAGUGGUUUAGCCCUCUCAAGCUUUGCCUUAUCAGGACUCUAUUGUACCCAUCAAGACAUGUCACCAGAAUAUGCAAGUAUACUUCUGGGUAUAACUAAUACUGUUGGGGCUAUUCCUGGAAUUGUGGGUGUAGCCCUCACUGGUUAUCUUCUGGAUUCAACUCAUUCAUGGAGUAUAUCACUAUUUGCACCAUCGAUCUUCUUCUAUGUGACUGGUACCAUCAUAUGGUUGGCGUUUGCCAGCAGUAAGCCUCAAAGUUUUUCUGAGCAAAACUGAUUCAUGUUCCAAUCAUUCAUUAUUCUGAGCAUAGCCUAGAAACUUAAGAAACCUUCAUGCGAAGCAGAAUUUUGACACGGGGGGUAUAAUGGUAUAUCCGCUUGAUAUAUACAAAUCAUAUAAUUUAAGUACAAAGAAAUGAUAGUAUAGGUACAUUACUGUAAGUAUUCUUUAUUUUUAACUGUAGCUUAUUAGUAUAUAGCAGUAUUGUAUAUUUUUAAUAGAUGAAGAUGGUAUGGUGGUUGGUCACCAAAAAAUGUAUUGACGUGUUUAAAUCCUUUCCACCUACUUUUGGUGCUCUCUGGUCCUUCUGUUGCAAGUUUCAACCAGAAAGUGACCGUUUCAAUAAUCUUACAUUUUAAGGCAUUCAAAUCUCUCA